AUGUUGUCCUUCCUCAUCGAAGUGUACACUUCCCUGUUCUGGCCGUUGUUUGCAAUGGGCGCUCUUCUCGGGGUCGCUGAUCAUUACCUCGACCUCGGCCUGCUCAAUGUCCCUACGACCGCCGAUUCCAUAAUGGACAGCGCAUUCGUCACGGUCCCGCCUCAUCUCCCGCGGACAAAGAUUUCGCACGAGCUCGUUCAGCUCAAAGCGACGAGUGUCCUCGUGCACCUCGACGUCUUCCUCCCUACACCCAAAUUCAUCGAGACGACCGAGCGCAAGCUCAGCGUCAUCGUCUGUGCGCUCCUCGACCUACUCCAGAGUUCGGAGACGUACACCCACGCGCACACCGCAUCCGUACCAACACCCGCACGCUUCGGCUCGAACCUCACGUCUGCUUCGCCGUAUAAGUCGUCGCGUUUCAACCACCCCGUCCCCAUGGUCCCUCGUUUCCCGGGCUCGUACUCUGCGUACAUCCCACUAGCAAGGAACUAG